CCCUGGAUGAAUAAAGUGCACUCUCACUGGGGAGCAUCAUUGUUGAGAUAAAAGGUAUAGAAUCACAUUCACAACGUCAUUACAAGACGUCUUUCAUAAUGGCGAGAUUUGGUAAACACCUAUGGAUAACGCUGACCUUCUUAUCAAUUGCUUUAAAUUGCUUCCUUUUCUUCGGCGGGAACAUCUUUGGUCCAAUGAACUUGGAUGUAAAUCAAGAGCACAUGUUAGCGGAUGAUGUGAGAAGUAUUAAGAGGUUAGACCAAGGUCAUCAAGAAGUACCAGUUGAAAUAGAUCGAGAAAACCAGGACGAAAUAUUAAAGUCCGCUCCAGAAGUGAAAGACAACCAGGUUCUACGGCAGAAGACUCUUCUCCAGGCAUGUACUGAUCUAGAGUUUGAAGAACAUCCAUCUCGAGAACAUAACCUAACCUCGGCAGAACUCGCCAGUCUCAAGAACACCUUUGUCAUUGACAAACAUAAACUUCUCUUCUGCUAUGUACCAAAGGUAAGCUGUACCAGCUGGAAACAUCUAUUUCUUGUUUCCUACCAAAUUUUCAACCCCGAAGUAAAACAUAAAAGUGUGCAUACUGAGUUUGAAAGAGUCUUCAUGAAGGUCGGAAGGUUGGCGGAAAAGGAUGCUAAUCGGAUAAUCAAAGACUAUAGACAGUUCUUGUUUGUUCGUAACCCGUUCUCGCGUGUCCUGUCGGCUUACCGUGAAAAAAUCGAAUACAAGAACCCAAGUAGCCCGGACCAGAACCACUACCCAAACUUCAUCACCCGGUGGCUUAAGAAACACCAUCUUGGACACUACCGAAGGAGAAAUAACACCGCCGCUUACUCCUUUCCAGAAUUUGUCAGUUACUUCAUUGCAAGGCGAAUAGAAGACGAACACUGGAAUGACCAGUAUAACUUAUGUCAGCCAUGUCUGGUCGAGUAUGACUUCAUUGGAAAGUAUGAGACCUUGCAAGAUGAUGUGGAACGUUUCCUGGGAACAAUACCCAAUGGAUCGUCCUUGGUGUUUCCUAAAGCAGACCCUCAGAAGUUCACUCGGCAUAGCUCGAGUGAUGAGAAUAUGUCCAGGUAUUAUCAGAAGAUCCGUGAUAAAGAUUUUAAGUCACUGAUCGAGUGUUUAUAUCCAGAUCUUCGAUUAUUCGGGUACUCCAUUCCUACAGUUAUCCAAAGGCCAUGGCUGAAGUUAUCAAGCAAAUACACCAAGCUGGUUGAUGUUGGCUGAUAUAUAAGAGUUCUCAUCCUAGUGUUCCGGCAAGGCAAUUAUAAUCUAAGGUGCUAUCACACCAUCAGGUAUUAACGUCAUCGAAGGCUUUCGAGAUCCAUUAUCAUUGGGUGGUUUGUGUUGAAAUUUGAUCUCUGUAAAUCAUUGAACACAUGCAGUCAUCAUGCUUCGUCUUUCCUUCUUCUUUCUAAAUUACGGGUUUCUACCUAGAUUAUAAUAAAAACAUAUUUGAGGUUACUAUAACCACAAGUUUAUUAUAAAACCAAAAAAAAAAACUUAUG